AUGUACUGGGUUGUAGUUUUACUGACGGUACUCCACAGUUGUCAUCGGGCGCUUGGUAAGGAGGAUAUAGUGAAUCAAAAGGAGUUUGAAGCGUUGUGUCGAAUGAUAAAUUGGGCAGAAGAAAGACUUGAGCACAUAAAAGUAACGAAACGAGUUACCCAAGAAGCUCUGAAAAUAGGCGUAAGAUAUCUUGAAGUGGCCGGUGAGGAAGAGUGUAGACACAUCGCCAAAGCGCAGGAAGAUUCUUGUACCAAGAAAAUGGAGGAUCGGAAAAGGAAUUGCGGGCUGUACAAAAAUUUUUGGGAAGAGGCGCAGAAAGCAGUGAAGGAAAGGGCUUUUAGCGGAGAGAAGCUGGAGCGUAAAAUAGACGCUUUGGGGGAGCAUACAGUGGACGAAAUAAAAAAAAAGGGAAUGUACGGGGCAGAUAUAUAUCAUGAUGUUGAAGCGAAGAGGCCGUCAGGAAAUAUGAGAAAAAUGGAGGAGCACCUCAUUAAAGCUCUUUAUGGAAUGGAAUAUUUUAGUGAAGAUAUAAAAGGAGGGGAUUCAGAUCGAAGCAGAGUCUGCGGGCAAAAUCUGCGUAACAAUAAGGCAACGGGGGGUUGGUCACUAGCGGUGGAUUUGUUGUGCUUGUGUGCAACCCACAACUCCUGGAAAGGUAGGAAGAAGGUUUGCUGCGCAGACUGCAGUACAGGAGAGAAUAGAGACGAAUGGAAUCCAGAGUCAAACGAGGCACCACGCUGGGAUUUUCUGAAACAGAAGUGUGCAGGCCGUCACCGAAAUCGUCACGACAUGAUCGAAAAACUGAGUGAAGCGGAAGAGAAUCUUAUGAAAACAGUAACUAAAAUAGGCACAAUACCAUAUACACAUACGUACGUGCUUGGAACCGCUGUAAAUAGCAGAAUAAAACCAUGCGGGGCUGAUAUAAACAAGCAGCAGGAAAUAUGUGUGCACUACGGAUCAGAUAACGGAACGAAACUUCCCUGGUUAAAAGCGUUGCAAAAGGUAGAAAAGGAAAUGAAACUUACGCUGAAAGAUAAACAAGAUAAGUCAGCUAAGCUCAAGCGGAUGGAAGAACUAAAUCAAGAGAUCGAAAGCUUAAUCAGAGGUGAUACAGGGCGAGGAGGCCAACGGGGAAGACAGAAACGCAGUGUCAAUCCCGAGAACAGUGUCCCAGAAACCCCAGCUGACCCGAGCGAUCCGACACAGUCAGUCCCACAUACCAAUGAAAAAAAGCGAAGUGUAAGGAAACCGAUAUCAACAGGUAACGGUGCAACCAAAAGCUACAAUAGCGAAGAGGAUGAUUCUUACGAAUAUGAGUGCGAGGGAGAAAACUCAGCAUGCUCAGAUUCGCCAGCAAAACCAACAGUAAAAAACAGCAAAAGUGCUAUAAAUUGUCCACUGGGAUUAAUUUUGCUUUUGGUAUAA